UCCAGGAGCUGCUCACUUUCUCUUGAGGUUACACACCACGCCACCGCCGCCUCCGAGACUCGCUCAGGCCCUCCGGAGCCCGGGAGGUGGCGCAGCCCAGCUCUGAGGCCCAACGGGACCACCUGGGGCACACUGACCGGACUGGACAGUGGAAACCGCCUCCUGGCCUGGAUUGACAGCCCUGACCACACAGCACUCCAGACUGCGACAACUGCUACAGGGUUAGCAUUCCAUUCUUGGGGUCCAUGUGCCCACCCCAGGCCCAGGCAGAGGUGGGUUCCGCCAUGUCUGAGAAAGUUGAGAUGGUGCACGCCUCCAGUCCUGCGCCUGCACCUCCCCCUAAGUCCGCCUCACCUGGGCCCCUUCCUGCGGAGGUGGACCACCGAAACCCGGCAUGCACCCCCUGGUUGCCUCCAGGUGUGCCAGUGAUAAACCUGGGUCAUAGCAGGCCCACAGGGGCAGCCAUGCCCACCACAGAGCUGAGUGCUCUUCGGCCCUCCUUGCUGCAGUUAGCAGCCUUGGGAGCAGCUCCACCCACCCUGGCCCUGCAUUACCACCCCCACCCCUUCCUCAACAGCGUCUACAUUGGGCCAGCAGGACCCUUCAGCAUCUUCCCUCACAGCCGGCUGAAACGAAGACCAAGCCACGGUGAGCUGGACUUGGCUGAGGGGCACCAACCCCAGAAGGUGGCUCGUCGUGUGUUCACCAACAGCCGAGAGCGCUGGCGGCAACAGCACGUUAACGGCGCCUUCGCGGAGCUCAGGAAGCUGCUGCCCACCCACCCGCCCGACCGGAAGCUGAGCAAGAACGAGGUGCUGCGUCUGGCCAUGAAGUAUAUCGGCUUCCUGGUGCGGCUGCUGCGAGACCAGGCGGCUGUGCUCGCCUCGGGCCCCAGCGCUCCCGAGCCCCGCAAGCCACCUGCGCACCGGGGAGUAGAGAGCGGUGCGCGCUGCGGGGCCCGACACAGGGUGGAGGCUGCGUGCUCGCAGCCCGUGCUUCCUGGGGACUGCGACGGCGACCCCAAUGGGUCGGUGCGACCCAUCAAGAUGGAGCAAACAGCUCUUAGUCCUGAGGUGCGGUGACCCAAGGCGCCCGUGGCGCCUCGCCUGCUGCGCUGUGAACUCCCUGUAAAAGGAACUGAGGUCGCCCAGAUGAGGAAACGCCCUGUAGUCCUGGAAGGGUGACCGGCGACUCGGGGGCUCCGCAGACUUUUCAGAAAAAUUUCCCACAGACUACCUGAGGUGGCCUUGCUAGUGUCCUCUUCCCUGGGUCGAGGCCAGAGAACCAACAAAGCAAAGUGACUACGGGAUCUUUAGGGGUGCUGAGAGAGGUAGGGAAGGGUCUGGAAGCCUUCGCAUCGGCGCCCCCUGCUGGAGGCGGGAAGCCCCUGGACAGUGUAUGGAGGGCCCACCCCACCGAGCCCAACCGGUUGCGCUUGAUCCAUGAUCCUGUUAACCGCGUUAUCGAAGA